AUGGGCAAGGUGAUCCUCCUUCGCUUCAAGCCCUACCUGCCGAACUUCAUUCCUACAUUUACAUUCAAGCUCACUAGCCGACUGCGUCCACUAAGUAAUGUCCGUGCUGAGAAGCUACUCCCGAACACUACCGCCAAGAUCCAGACGCUGGAUCAGGGAAUCAUCAAUAGCAUUAAACACUACAUCUUAUCGCAAAAAAUGAUGUUCGUAUUGGAUCGCCUAGGCGAAGGUCUCGGCAACCAGUACAACGUCGACCAGCUAACUGCACUGCUCUGGUGCGAGGCUGCAUGGUCUAAAGCGUUCCUUAUUCAGGCAGAUUUCUAUUCAACAUCAGCUUUCUGUUGCUUCAACAUGAAGCUCAGGAAUCUAAUGCUGAGAUGGACGCCCGCGACACAACUUGUGCAUCCGGCAGUGCAACAAAAUGCUGUCUGA